GGCAGUACUCUAUAUUUAUUCAUUUAAUCGUACUAUCUACCCCACCCUACAAGCUCCUCUCCUCAGAAAGAAGAUCAUUUUUAGUAACCACCACCUCACCAACAACAAAGUGAUGCUUGAGAUCGCCACCAGAACAUGACAUAUGGCCACCAACUACCAUCAUACGUAAGCGGCAGUGACCAUAUAUAAAUAUGAUGAUGGUGGUCGGGUGGUCGUGAUGAGUGGUGGGCGAUGCCUGACCGCCGCCCCCCGGCCACACCAAAAAAGAUAGGAAAUAACGUGCGGUAGAAAUCAUCAUAGGGUUUUAUGUAACCUAGGAAAUCUCUGCAAACAAUGACGUAGGGGUCGACAUCAGUCACCUGUCACAUCCUCGUCAUGCGUCAUGCGUUUUCAGUUUCCAGUUUCCAACGAGCUUGUGGUCUUGUGCUCCCCCGACAGCGGGAACCAACUUCGAUCAUCGAGCGCUAUUAGCAGACGAUUAUUAGGGCAGCAGGGAACAAGAGAUGACAUCUGUCAGGUCUGUCGGAGUAAUAAAUGGCAGUUUGCGUUUCGCUGCAGUAUAUAAUAAGUAAGGAUGCGAGCAUUCUCCCGCAGACUGGUCGAUUACUAUCGUCGACAUUCCUCACCUACAUAUCUAUUAUCCACAAGCUAGAAUCACACAAAGUUCAGAAGCAUGUACAUCCCCAACGUUCAAAACGUCAUUGCUGCGGGUCUCGCUCUCACCGGUGCUUACACAAGCACCGUGUCAUCUGGUAAAAUUCUAGACUAUGCCGUAGAAAAGUGCAUCGACAAAGAGGGCAAUCAUCGAUGCUCCAAACCUUUCCCCGUUACCAAGUCAACCUGUUAUGAAAUCAAGUGGACCACCGACGGCAAAAUCUCUCACACCACUGCCGAAGUCAGAGAUGCCGGAAGCAACGAAAUUGUGUUUUACCGAGACACCAAUGGCGAAUGGACCCCUGAAAAGAACGAGCUCGUCUACGUCGAUUUUAAACCCAAAGUAUGGGGACAGGGCAACAACACUGUCGAGUAUGAGGUUAUAACCUGCAAGUAAUUUUGAUCGGUUAGUGGAAUGUGCCAAGGAGAGCAGAAGCAUGUAUAAAG